UUUGUCCCCGCGACGUUUGACAGGUGAAGACAAACCGAGCAGCUGCGGCUCCAACAUGUUUUCACCGAAGUCUCCCAGAACCAGCGGGUCCGGGUUCGAGUCCCGGUUCGGGUCCGGGUCCAUGCGCGCCGCAGGGGAGCAGAUCCGGAUGGUGGAAUGUGUUUGCGGACCGGACUGCACCCGGGGACACACGGCGUCCUGCACCCGGGGACAAUGCUCUCCGGACCUCCAGGGAAUUUGCUCUGAUGUUGGGAAACAAGGCCUUGACAACUUGGCCUACGAGUACGGGAGCCAGACCGAGCUCCACCUUCCCCCCCCGCCGGCCUCCAGGGCGACGCUGCACCUCCGAGGACUCAGCUCCGAGCACCAGGCCCGGGCCGUGGAGUCCAGGACCUCCGCGCUGAAGGGGGUGCUCGGCAUCCGCUUGUCUUUACCCGGGAAGCUAGCCAAAGUGGACUAUGACGCCUCGGCCAUCACAGCCAAGGAGCUGGCCCUGGAGCUCGAGGGCCUGGGACACAGCGUGGAGGCGGCGGUGCAGAUCCGGGUGGACGGGAUGCACUGCCGCUCCUGUGUCCAGUCCAUCGAGGGACACGUCGCUGAGCUGCCGGGAGUCUCGUACGUCCAGGUGUCUCUGCAGGACAAAGCAGCUCUGGUGGUGUUUCAGCCUCUUCUGGUCACACAAGAGGAGCUGAGAGACGAGAUCGAGGACAUGGGGUUCGAUGCCGCUUUGUUAACCGUGGACUUGUCCGCAGAGGACGUCAGCUGCUGGAAGACGGACAUCCCGACGGCGUCCACUGAGCUCGUGAGCGUGUGGAUCGGAGGGAUGACCUGCAGCUCCUGUGUGCAGUCCAUCGAAGGGCGGAUCUCUCAGAUGAGCGGGACACUUUCAAUAUCUGUGUCGCUGGAGGAUGAGAAGGGAACGAUAACCUUUGACCCCUGUCUGACGGCGCCGGAGCAGCUCAGGGCAGCUGUCGAGGACAUGGGGUUCGACGCAUGGCUUCAAGAGCCUGUAAAGAGGAUCCAGAGUCUUGAGAAGUCCAGACCCGUCACCCCGGGACCUUCUCCCCUUCCUGACCCACAGACGCACCACAAGGCGAGAGUCAGCAACGGCAGCGGAUCACAGAGGAACAACCCGCCGCACCCCCCCGACGUUAACGUGCAGAAGUGCUUCAUCUGUGUGACGGGAAUGACCUGCGCCUCCUGCGUGUCCAACAUCGAGAAGAACCUGCUCAAACACGAGGGGAUCAUCUCAGUGCUGGUGUCUCUGAUGGCCGGGAAGGCUGAGGUGAAGUACGACUCGUACGUCACAGACGCCGUCGCCGUGACGCAGCUCAUCGAGGACUUGGGCUUCGGGGCCAAAUUGAUAGAAGACAACGCAGUUUCCCACGGGAAGCUCGACCUCUCAAUAUCAGGUAUGACCUGUGCAUCGUGUGUCCACAACAUCGAGUCCAAGCUCACCGCCACCAAAGGGAUCCUCGGCGCCUCCGUCGCUCUCGCCACCAAGAAGGCAAAGAUCCAGUUUGACCCUGAAGUGCUCGGAGCUCGAGAUAUCAUCAAGCUCAUCCAGAGUCUUGGGUUUGAGGCCAGUCUGGAGAAGCCGGGAUACAAAGACAACCUCGACCACUCAGAAGAAAUUAGACAGUGGAGAGGCUCCUUCCUGCUCAGCCUGGUGUUCGGCCUACCGGUCAUGGGCCUGAUGAUCUACAUGAUGGUGAUGGACUCUCAGCACAGCCAGCACGGAGGCUCCAUGCCCCAGGAGCAGAACCUGCUGCCGGGCCUGUCCCUCCUCAACCUGGCCUUCUUCCUGCUCUGUACACCUGUGCAGAUCUUCGGAGGCCGGUACUUCUACGUGCAGGCAUAUCGCUCGUUAAAGCACCGCACAGCCAACAUGGACGUGCUGAUCGUGUUGGCCACCUCCAUCGCCUACAUCUACUCCUGCGUGGUCCUGGUCGUGGCCAUGGCCGAGCGAGCCAGCCAGAGCCCGGUCACCUUCUUCGACACGCCGCCCAUGCUCUUCGUGUUCAUCGCUCUGGGUCGCUGGCUGGAGCACGUUGCAAAGAGUAAGACCUCGGCGGCUUUGGCCAAGCUGAUGUCACUUCAAGCCACCGACGCCACAGUCGUCACUCUGGGACCCAACCUCUCCAUCAUCAGCGAGGAGCAGGUGCUGGUGGAGCUGGUCCAGCGUGGCGAUGUGGUGAAGGUCACUCCGGGAGGGAAGUUCCCCGUGGAUGGGAAAGUGAUCGAGGGAAGCUCCAUGGCAGACGAGUCCUUGAUCACAGGUGAGCCGAUGCCUGUCAGUAAGAAGGUCGGUAGUUCGGUGAUCGCCGGCUCCAUCAACGCUCACGGCGCUCUGCUGGUGGAGGCGACUCACGUGGGCAACGACACAACUCUGUGUCAAAUAGUCAAACUGGUGGAAGAAGCACAAACGUCCAAGGCUCCCAUCCAGCAGUUUGCAGACCGACUCAGCGGAUACUUCGUGCCCUUCAUCGUCCUCGUGUCCGUCCUGACCCUCGUGGCCUGGAUGGCGAUCGGGUUUGUCAAUUUUGAAAUAGUGAAAGAAAACUUCCCGGGCUACAACCAGAACAUCUCCAACGCCGAGGUCAUCGUGCGCUUCGCCUUCCAGGCCUCCAUCACGGUUCUGUCCAUCGCCUGCCCCUGCUCCCUGGGCCUGGCAACCCCGACGGCUGUCAUGGUGGGCACGGGGGUGGGAGCUCAGAACGGGAUCCUCAUCAAAGGAGGCGAGCCGCUGGAGAUGGCCCACAAGAUCCAGGUGGUGAUGUUCGAUAAGACCGGUACGAUCACAAACGGCGUCCCCCGGGUGACCCGGGUGCUGGUGCUGUGGGAGAUGGCGCGGAUGCCCCUGAGAAAGAUCCUGGCGGUGGUGGGCACAGCGGAGGCCAGCAGCGAGCACCCGCUGGGCAUGGCCGUCGCUAAACACUGCAAAGAGGAGCUGGGCAGUGACGGGCUCGGUUACUGCCAGGACUUCCAGGCGGUGCCCGGCUGUGGGAUCAGCUGCCGAGUGUCCAACGUGGAGCAUCUGCUCCUGCAGCAGAGUGAGGAGAGCUUCCUGCUUCCUGGAGCCACCACGGACGAGAGCAGCCUGCAGCCGGAGCCCGAGGCGCCGCCUGCAGGUCAAGGAUUGUUCUUCUCCGUCCUGAUCGGGAACAGGGAGUGGAUGAGGAGGAACGGUCACCACAUCGGAGCGGACGUCGACGCCGCCAUGUGCAGCCACGAGACGAAAGGACAGACCGCCAUCCUGGUGGCCAUAGACGGCGUGCUGUGUGCCAUGCUGGCGAUUGCAGACACAGUGAAAGCCGAGUCGGCGUUGGCGGUGCACACGCUCAACAGCAGAGGCAUCGAGGUGGUUAUGAUCACAGGAGACAACAGACGCACGGCCAAAGCCAUCGCAGCCCAGGUUGGCAUCAGGAAGGUGUUCGCCGAGGUGCUGCCGUCACAUAAAGUGGCAAAAGUGCAAGAGCUGCAGGAGCAAGGCCUGCGAGUCGCCAUGGUGGGAGACGGCGUGAACGACUCCCCCGCCCUCGCCCGCGCUGAUGUGGGCAUCGCCAUCGGCACCGGGACCGACGUGGCCAUCGAGGCGGCGGAUAUCGUCCUGAUCAGAAACGACCUGCUGGACGUGGUGGCGUGCAUCGAGCUGUCCAGGAAGACCGUGCAGAGGAUCAGGAUCAACUUUGUCUUCGCUCUCAUCUACAACCUGGUGGGAAUUCCAAUCGCUGCCGGUGUCUUCAUGCCUCUGGGCCUCGUGCUCCAGCCCUGGAUGGGCUCGGCUGCGAUGGCGGCCUCGUCCGUGUCCGUGGUUCUGUCGUCUUUGCUUCUGAGAACGUUUAAGAAAACCCCCGCGGAGCUGUACGAGACGCGUGCGAGAGGACAGAUGAAGAGUCUUCGCUCGUCUCAGAUCAGCACGCACCUGGGACGGGACGGCCGCCGGCGGAGUCCCAGUCUCCCCCCCGCAGCUCGGGAGCAUCUGAAUCCAAGCGGCGCGGCGACCCAGGGACUGAGCAUCAAACCCGUCCAGGAGCAGCAGGACCGCUACUCGCUGCUGGACCACGACCUGGUUCUGUAGUCAGGAGGAAAGGGAAGAAGGACUGAGGCCGUGUCCGUCUCGUUCUCACGUUUACAAAAGCAGUGGAUUUAUUAUUUCUAUGUAUUUAUGUGAAAAGAGACAAGGAUGCUUUAAAAGUGCUCUUUUAUUUUGGCGCUUAUUCACAUUUAGAAUUGGAGAAUCUCCGAUUUUCUUCUGAACAUCAAACUCACAGACUUAUGACUCUGACCUCUGAAGCAGUUUUCAUAUCUGAUGACAGGUGUGACUCAAGUUAGACUUCACAUGUAAACAAAUGUUGUCCCACAGAUCCUAAGUUACUGCUUGCAGAAUGCACUUAUACAAUAUAUGUCAAAGUAAAGCGACACCUUGUCUCUCUGGAUCAAA